AUGGAGUCACUUCAGGAGGUAGGACGGAGGUACCUGCCACAGGAGGAGCUUUUCUGCUCAGGAAUCUGGCGACGGCUUACAAGGGAGUUGACCCAGGGUCGGUUGUGCAUGGGGCACACUGGAGGAACUGGCUCUCCGCCGGGAAACCGGAAGCUGUGCAGAGUGGAGAAGCGGAGUUCAGUAAACCUUCCGGUAGGGAUUCAUCUCUUCAAGUUCACCAUGGCGAAUGCCACGGAGAAGAGGCAUAUGAGAAAGACUCUGGUUGCAGCCGUCAUCUUCACGCUGUCCCAGGAGAGAAGCCGUCCAAUCCUCAGUCCCAUCAGAGAGUUCACAAGGGACGGGGAUGGGCCCAGUCUGAGGCACUGUUUAAAACUCAGUCAAAGGCCGCUGCAUCAGUAUCACCAGAGUGUCCCCACUGAAGAGAACUCAAACAAAUAUGAGCAGUGUGGGAAUCUUGGGGAAGACUCACAUGGUCAGACACCCCUGUUAGUCCACACAGGAGAUGGGCUCUAUAAAUGUGAGGAGUGCCGGGCAAGCUUCAAUCAAAGCUCGUACCUUCAAGUCCAUCAGAGAGUCCACACUGCAAAGAAGCCUUAUAAGUGUGAGGAGUGUGGAAAGGGCAUCAGUGUAGGCUCACACCUCCAAGCUCAUCAGAUAAGCCACACUGGAUUGAAACUAUGUAAACGUGAGGAGUAUGGGAAACGCUUCUGUCCAGCCUCUCAUCUUCUGGACCAUCAGCGAAGCCACAGUGGAGAGAAACCUUACCAAUGUGAUGUUAGUGGGAAGGGCUUCAGUCGGAGUUCUGAUUUUAACACUCGUAUUAGAGUCCACACGGGAGAGAAACCCUACAUAUGUGAGGAGUGUGGCAAGGGCUUCAGCCAGGCCUCUCAUCUUCUGGCCCAUCAGAGGGGCCACACUGGCGAGAAACCCUACAAAUGUAACACGUGCGGGAAGAGCUUCCAUUGGAGUUCAGAUCUGAACGUUCACUGUAGAAUCCACACAGGAGAGAAACCCUAUAAAUGUGAGAAGUGUGGGAAAUCCUUCAGUCAAGUCUCGAUUCUCCAAGUGCAUCAGAGAGUCCACAGUGAAGAGAAACCGUAUCAGUGUGCAGAGUGUGGGAAGGGCUUCAUUGUAGAGUCACACCUGCAAGCCCACCAGAGGUCCCACACUGGAGAAAGACCCUAUCAAUGUGAGGAGUGUGGCAAAGGUUUCUGUCGGGCCUCCAAUUUUCUAGCUCAUCGUGGAGUCCACACGGGAGAAAAACCAUACCAAUGUGAAGUGUGUGGAAAACGUUUCCGGCAGAGGUCUUACCUCCAAGACCACCACAGGGUCCACACUGGAGAGAAACCAUACAAGUGUGAGGAGUGUGGGAAAGUCUUCAGCUGGAGCUCAUACCUCAAAGCCCACCAGAGGGUCCACACUGGAGAGAAACCGUACAAGUGUGGGGUUUGUGGGAAAGGGUUCAGCUGGAGCUCCAGUCUCCUGAUUCACCAGCGAGCCCAUGGUGACGAUGAAUAUGGUAAGGGCCUUUCUUCAUCUGAGGAUUCAUACAGGAAAUAA